AUGUCCAGCCCCGCUAAGAAGCGCAAGCAUAAUGGUGCUGAAUCAUCGCCGCAAAAAACGCGCGGUAUCGAGUCUUUUUUUAAAGGGCAGACUAAACAGCCUGUGAAAGUCGAGCCCGACGUCACAGAGCAGACCCUCUCGGAUGAAGCAUUGGCGCGCAAGCUUCAGGCUGAAUGGGAUCAUGAAAAUAACGAUCAACCCUCUAUUUCAAAUGACAAUCAAGCUAUGACAACAGAGUCUGAAUCAAGUACAGCUCCGCCCAUCCCGUCAAUACCUACAGAUACAACGCCGGUGUCUGCAACGGCGCCCAAAAAGAACACACUAUCGUUGCAAUCAUCAUCGGGUACAGAGGACACAAUAUCUCUGACUGUACCAUUUGAUCAGAGCCCGCAAACAUUUGACGCAGGCAAAUAUGCAGCGGAGUUGCGACCGCACUGGGCCUCCGAGGGCGGCGAUGCCACCUACGCUCUGCUAACAAGGGCUUUUGUCCUGGCAAAUUCAACCACAAGCCGAAUCAAGAUCGUCGAUACUCUUGUCAAUUUUCUCCGAGUCCUGAUCGAAGGCGACCCAGAUAGUCUCCUUCCGGCUGUCUGGCUAGCAACCAACUCCAUCUCACCACCGUACGACGAGCUGGAGCUAGGAUUAGGCGGCUCAUCCAUCUCCAAGGCUUUGAAGAAAAUAUACGGUCUGGAUAACCAAAGUCUCAAAACGCUUUACAAUCGACACGGAGAUGCAGGAGAUGUUGCUUUCGAGGCUAAGAAACGUCAAAAUUUCACGCUGGUCAAGCCGAAACCUCUUAAAAUUAAAGGUGUAUACCAAUCACUCCUUAAGAUCGCCACGAGUAAAGGCUCUGGGAGCCAGGAGACAAAGCAGCGAAUUGUUGAGAAGCUCUUGCAGGAUACGCGCGGGGCCGAGGAGAGUCGGUAUAUUGUCCGCACUUUGGUACAGAACCUCCGAAUUGGCGCUGUGAAAACUACCAUGCUCAUCGCUCUUGCGCGAGCAUUCCUCUACUCGAAGCCUGCUGGGGCGGAGUUCAACGUUCGCCCACAACAUGAACUUGCACGGAUGAAGAAAGACGAACUCUCCGAGCUGUAUACUAACGCAGAAGAGAUCGUCAAGGCGUCCUACGCUAGACAUCCAAAUUACAAUGACCUCGUCUCCUGUCUAUGCGAGAUCGGCGUGACCGAGGAACUACUUCUCCGGUGCGGACUGGUAUUACAUAUUCCGCUUCGACCAAUGCUAGGAAGCAUCACGCGCGAUCUCUCGGAUAUGUUGACAAAACUGCAAGGACGAGACUUCAGCUGCGAAUACAAGUAUGAUGGCCAGCGAGCUCAAGUGCACUGCGAUGAGAACGGCAAAGUAUCUAUCUUUUCACGCCACCUCGAGCUCAUGACAGAAAAGUACCCUGAUCUGGUAUCGCUCGUCCCCCAAAUCCGGGGUGAGGGUGUUUCGAGCUUUAUUUUGGAGGGGGAGGUAGUUGCCGUGGACCAACAAAACGGUGACUUGCAGCCAUUCCAAACUCUCACCAACCGAGCAAAGAAGAAUGUUGAGAUUGGAGCUAUAACCGUCAACGUCUGUCUAUUCUCAUUCGACUUAAUGUAUCUCAACGGCGAGCCGCUCCUAGACCGCCCCUUCCGAGAACGCCGCGAACUACUCCGAAGUCUUUUCGUCGAGAUCCCUCGUCGAUUUACUUGGGUGAAAAGCCUCGACGCAACAUCCGCAGAUUCAGAUACCGUACUUGAUUUCUUCAAAGGUGCCACAGACGUCAAAUGCGAAGGAAUAAUGGUCAAAGUCCUCGAUAAUACAAUAAACCCUACCAACCAACCCACCGAAACCAACCCCGAACAAAAUCCUUCAAUAGAACAAACACCCAACACAGCACAUCCCCGAGAAAAAGAACUUCCAAAAAACCCCCGCCGUAAAGCCCUUCUAUCAACCUACGAACCCGACAAACGCCUCGAAUCCUGGCUGAAAGUCAAAAAAGACUACAGCACCUCCUCUGAAACCCUAGACCUAAUCCCAAUAGCCGGCUGGCACGGCCAAGGCCGCAAAGCGAAAUGGUGGUCUCCAAUCCUCCUAGCAGUCCGCAACCCUGAAUCCGGCGCGCUAGAAGCCGUGACAAAAUGCAUGUCCGGAUUCACGGAUAAAUUCUACGCAUCAAAUAAAGAGAAGUACAGCGCAGGUAGUGCGAAUGUUAUCUCGAGACCUGCAUAUGUGGAGUACUUCGGUACACCGGAUGUAUGGUUUGAGCCGCAGGAGGUAUGGGAGAUGGCUUUUGCGGAUAUUACGCUUAGUCCUACUUACCCCGCUGCUAUUGGGCUGGUGAGUGAGGAGCGGGGGCUGAGCCUAAGGUUUCCGAGGUUCUUGAAGGUGAGGGAGGAUAAGGGGAUUGAUGAGGCCACGACUUCGGAUUAUUUGGCGCUUUUGUGGAGGAAGCAGGGGGAGAAAGUUGUCGAGGCUGGGGGGAAGGAUGGGACGGAUGAAGUGGGUUGGGCGGAAGAUUGA